AAAAUACUUAGAUUGUAAUAUCAGAUUUAAAGUCAUAAAAAGAUUUUUAAAUAAAGAAAAAAUUAACCAUUUUUUGAGAAAAGUAGUAACAACGAGCUUAAAUAAUGGAUGCUGCAAAUUUUACCAGCCCUCUUCAGGCAGUGCAAACGAUUUCAAUAUUUACCUAUUUAAAUACACUCAGCGAUUUUUUAUUCGCUAGGAAUUUUUUAAACGAAACAAAUCAAUAUCAACCAAUACCAAUUGUUAAUGCUCUGUAUAAUUACAUUUUUGACGACUACAAAGAAUACAAUUAUUCUACCAUCGACUAUCAUGAAAAUCGAACAAAAAUUAUCAAUGAACGAAAAAUAGAUUUAGCAGGAAAAUUAAUCGAAGGCACCGAUUUAUAUGGUUGGAAAGAGAACGAAAUUCUCGAUCCUACAUUCGGAGACGCCAUAUACAAACAUAUAAUUAACACUCUUGUUUUUGAAAAGUACACAAAUAUUUACGGAUUUCUUGUAGAAAUUAUUCGCAGUUCUGUAGAUGUGAAAAUAAAUACUAUGUAUGAAAAAAUUAAUUUCCAAUUAUCCGUGGAAAUAUUUCUCACCGAAAAUGGAAGGGAAACAAAAUUAGAGCCCCUGGUAAUUUCGCAUAUUAUUCAAGAUUUUAUUACCCCUUUGUUACCGUAUCCAAAAGGGGAAAUGAAUUUACUAGCUGUUGAUUAUGUUUACGCUCAGGCAGGAUCAAUAUUUCUUCAUUCGACCAAAAGAUCAGAUUUCACCACAGUAGAUGGUUUUGAUGAUUAUGUUACAAUCGCCCAUGCAAUUGAAAAUUUGGUAAUUAGUGGUAAAAUUGAUAAAUCCGCUUUGGGAAUUUUUGCACUUCCAGCACUUCUUCAUUAUGUUUACAAAGAGAAACAAAAGCUACGAAACCAAAAAAAUAUAAUUAAUAAUUCGACUCUAGGGAUCGAAGCAUACAAAAUGUUGUUUACGUACCUCGAUAAAAAAUUUACCGAAGCAGAAGAGGCGGAGAAAAAUGAUUAUCGGUAUCAGUUUCAUUUAGCUUUGUCAAAUUUUAAAAAUCGAACAACCCUGGCUAGGGAAAUCAUUAGGAGCAAAUGUUCCUCGGUCAAGGAAAAUAAUUUGGAGGAUGAGGUCACAAAAUACAAAAAUAAUCCCGAUGAUUAUCAAUGUAAUAGUAGAAAUGGUAAAACUUUGGAGGAUGUUAAUCGUCUUUAUCAGGAACAGGUUGACAAGAUUGCGGAUAAAUACUUUAGGUACGAAAAGGAAUCAAUACGUGAAGCUUUUGGUUCGGAUUUUAUUAAAUCCGUUGAUGCUGCAAAAGUGGAAAUAUCCAGGGGUUUGGUACAUAAUUCCUAUGAUGGUUUUAGUGUUUAUGAAACUCAGCUGGUAAAAGAGGCAAACGAUUUGUUUAGAUUCUAUUUUAGUGAUAAUGAAACUUCAGUUUAUUACGCUAUCUUGAGGAAGGAUAACGAAAUUACUGUUGUUGAAGAAAAUCGAAGUGUUUUCAAUUGUUCUACAAUUUUUCGUGGUGCUUCCUCUACUACUAAUUCUGAAGCUUCUGAUGGAUUUGCAUCAUCUGCUAAUUCUGGAAUUUCUACUGGUACUGCAGCAUCUGAUAAUUCUACAACUUAUACUGUUUCUCCAUCAUCUGUUAAUUCUGCAGUUUCUACGGAUUUUGCAUUAACUACUGUAAUCCAAUGCAACCCCGAUGCUUUUCGUGAUAAAUUACAUCUAGACAGAACAGAAAAAUUUCGAAAUAACUAUUUCCCAGUUAUUAAGAAAAGUGUAGAUGAAAAAUUCGACACGUUUCUAAACCGAAUUGCAGAGGAAAGAGCGGCGAAAUUCAAAGAAAAUCUCUCACUUCAGGGAUACGAUCAAACGACAAAAGAAUGGUGGAAGGUUUUUGGAUUAUCAUUUCUACCGUUUUACACCUGUAUUCAUGGAAUUAAGACCCAAAAUCUUGAACAAACACAACUCGGAUGUCAACUGGACGUCCUUCUUGCUCUUCCUCUAGUCGGGGAAAUCGGAUAUCUAGCCACAAAAUUGACAACAGCUGUCACAAGAUCAAUUCUAUUUUCCGCAGGAACAACACUUGAGUCCCUAUUCCUAAGGACGACAAUAAGGGAAACUUUAGCAAACCUAGGAAGUAUUUUGAUAACCGAAGGAGCCGAAUUUUCCAGCUUUUUUACUAGCGAAAUAUUUAGAAAUUUAGGUCUAUCGCUGUUUCGUUACGUCGAUCCUGGUUUUGAAUUAAUUUACACGAUUGGUAAAGGGGGAUUAAGAUCCGUUAUCACAAUCAUCGGUGCCUUGGAAAAAUAUUCCCUUUCUUUUAGGCGGUUGGAAAAUAUUCUACUGGAGACCGAAACUAAAUUACUGAAUUCGUUGAGAAAAGUACAAACACUCUUUGAGAAGAAUAUUUACGUAAGAUCGUUGUCCAGCAAAACUGGGUAUGGUUAUCGAUUCCUACAGCUCGAUAAUCAAAUUUUGCAAAUUAGAAAAGUUGAGGAGUACGAAGGAGAAAUUCCCCUCGUACGCAUCAGUAAGACAAGUUACAAAGCAGUAAAUAUUUACUCUAAGGAAAUAAAACCCCAAGUUUUGCAUCUUUUAGACGAACGUCUUCAUCUUAUCUCACCUAAAUUUCGCAUAAAAAGUUAUCAUAAUUCCCAGCUUUGUGCUGGAUCGAGAAAAAAAAGAUCCCUUAGCAUCUGUUUAAGAAAUGCUCUCCGCGAACGUAGAAAAAUAAUCGAAAAAGCAGCUAUUGAUUUUACAGGUCAACAUUUGAGAGAACUAACAGAGGAAACAGUAUGUAAACAAUUGAGAAGAUUCGUUUUUCCAGGCAAUGGACAAUUACAAUUAAAUUUCGUCACCGAAUGGCGUGCUCUGAUAAAAUCCGGAAAUACAAAUUUACCCAUUUGGACAAAACAAUACGAAAUUAAGGAUCCGGAUCUUUUUGACAAAUUAAGAUACUCUGAUGCUAUGGACAAAUCAUCAGUUUCAUUACACGAUGUAUUGGAUGGAUUGAAAAUAAUCCAAAAUAAAAAUAAUCCACUUCGCGAACUCAAUCCAAUGGAUGAAGCUCCAUUUUUCGCCGAGGUUUUUAAAUUGAACAAAGCGUACGAAUCGGUAACAUUUCCUGAUUACUAUGCACUCUACAAUUACAUGACAACUGGUUACACAAGAAUCAAUAGAAAUACAAUUGAAGCAAAAAAUAUGCGUGAAGCCCUCUAUCGUUUGGCAAUAAGACAAUCGGAUGAUCCCAUUGAAGAAUUUUCUCAAAAUCUAUUCCGCGGUGAAACAAGAUCAUCAGAAAUUGUAGAAAAAUUAUUUUACUCAGGCAAGAAAGAAAUAGAAUUUCAAAGAUUCACAUCGACGUCAACGAAUCGUAAUACAGCGAUGAAAUUUCAAUAUCGUCAAAAUUUCGAUGGUGUAAAAAUUUUUUAUCAUAUGCAAUUUUCUGAACGUUAUUUUCGUGCUAAAGUGGAAAAUAUUAUUGGCGCCUAUAGUGAAGGUGAAAGUGUUUUAUUGCCGGGAAGUAAAUUUAAUAUUGACAAUAUAUUAAAAUCGGUUUCACGCUAUGGUGAAGAUAUUUUACAUGUUAGAUUGUCAUUUAGACAUGAGGAAUUUCCAAAAUAUUUAUGUUAUAAAAAUAUAAUGAAUGAAUUGGAAAAAUUGAAGAAAAACGUUCCUGGUAAUUAUGACACUGAUCCUUGACCGGAUACAGGGGAUUUGGGUAAAUUACUUGAUAAGUAUAUAAAAAAUUAGAUAUAAAUUGUUAACAACUGGUAGUUUUUAGAGUUUCGUCGUUUCGUUUUUGUAAAUAUUAAAAUGUAAAAAUUCGGAAAUAAAAAGAAAAAAAUUAACGA